AUGCGUGCCAUGCAGUCCUCGACCUCGCCUCUAUGCAAGGACGCGUUCGAGGAGUUCUUCGGACACUGUCCUCUGACGGCACCGGUCACCACCACCAGCAACCUCAUGACGGAGUUUCACCUAAGCGAUAGCUCCGAUUCGUGGAUCGACGACUUUGAGAGCCUGGAGAGCGUGAUUGAGUUCAUGAACGAAAAGAAGUAUACGAGGGCUCAAUUCUCGGAUGGUGCUUCGAUUGGAAGAAGCAGGAGUGUCAGGUCAAGGAACACAGGGUGCCAGCCCCAACCUUCAUACGUCAAAGGGUGA